GGCGAGGAAUCGACGAGUGAAGUUGUUAUUUUGUGUGUGAAGUUGUUGACUCGUUCGAGGCGGUGGUGACCCCUUCUCCACUCCCCCCCCCACCACCACCACUUUUGCCCGACGUCUUUGGAGUGGCCGAGGGGAUCGAUGUGGGGGUUGAGAGCUCUCGGCCACGAUGAUGGCAAAGAAGAGGAGCCCCCCCCCCCCUCCUCCUCCUCCUCUGCUCCACCACACCCAUCAGUGUCCAGGCUAUCCGGAGACGUCCACGUCUCAUCGCUCGCCCCCCACGUGAGCGUCCGUGCGUCUCUCGUCUCACGUUGGGGGUGGACGGGGGAGCAGCGAGGGGGUGACCGGGAGGGGUGGUGGUGGUGGUGGUGGACGUCUCGAGGAGUCCGUGGGCCCGUCCAGGAGUCGAACCCUCGCAAAGGAUGUUCGUCAGCCGCAGGAAGGGCGGCAGCGUCAGUGGAAAUCCGCUGCUCCUCUACCGGUUGAUCGCGGCGUGGGGCUGCUGCUGCUGCUGCUGGCUGGGGCCGACGAGGGCCCAGGCGCCGUGCGGCGGCCUGGAGGAGGACGUGGCGGGCCAGGUCUUCUCGGUGGGAUACCCCGGGCAGUACCCCAACAACGCCAGCUGCGAGUGGCUCAUCCCCGCGGGGCCCCUUGACUUGGUGUCUCUGAGGGUCACGCUCCUGCAGGUGGAGCCGCACGAGACGUGCAUCUUCGACAGGCUGCUGAUCUCGAUCCCUGCGUCGGGCGUGAGCGAGUUGCUGUGCGGGACGAACGCGUCGCGCUACGGGGAGCUGGCGGGCCAAGGCGCCGCGCGGCUCCUCUUCACCAGCGACUUCUCCCUCGUCGGCGGCGGAUUCAUCGUGCAGUACGAAGUGACCCAGCGGAACCCGCCGUGUGAGUCUGCGCCGUGCCGAUUCGGCGGCUCGUGCGAGAACAAACUCACGCGCUACGCCUGCUCCUGUCCCGCCGGCGUCACGGGAAACGACUGUGAGAUCAACAUUGACGACUGCGAGCCGAAUCCGUGCCAGAAUGGAGCACGGUGCGAGGAUGGCUUCGACUCGUUCCUGUGCGCUUGUGAGCCGGGCUUCCUGGGCCCGCUCUGCGAGACAGAUGUUGACGAGUGCUCCUCCAGCCCCUGCCACAACGGAGGCAAGUGCGUGGACGGCGUCGCCUCGUACCGCUGCGACUGCCCCCCGGGAUUCGCGGGGGGCGACUGCGAGACGGGUGGGUGCACGCGCCAGGCGCACUUUGCGGGCGCCGCUGGCAGGGGGGAGGUCACCGGCCGGAGGUCCCAGCUGGUGCCGUGGUGGGGGGUGGUUGACUGA